ACCCAUUGUUUGAUAUGCCAACAAAAGGCCAAAUCAUUUCUAAAUCCUCCAUGACAUAGUCACUCCCUUCUAUUCAGACAUCAAAUCAUAAAAUAUGGUUAAUGAUUUUUUAAAUCUAAUGAUUUUUUUAAUCAUGUAACUUUUUGUAAAAAAAUAAUUUUUAACUAAGUGCACGAAAGCUCACACAAGAUUUGGUAUUAUAAAUAGCCACACCCCUUUUCUCAUUUUUUCCAAACCAUAGGCCUUUUAAUUUUUUCAGUUCUUAGUUAUUUACACUUUGUUUCAUAUAUUUCUCCAGUAAAGUCAACAAAAUGGGUGGCAAUGGAACUUCACCUUGUGCUUCUUGCAAGUUGCUCCGUCGUCGAUGCGCCAAAGACUGCAUCUUUGCUCCUUACUUCCCUUCUGACGACCCCCACAAGUUUGCCAUCGUUCAUAAAGUUUUUGGAGCUAGCAAUGUCAGCAAAAUGUUACAGGAGCUUCCAAUGCACCAAAGAGCAGAUGCAGUGAGCAGUCUAGUGUACGAAGCAAAUGCAAGGAUGAGGGAUCCAGUCUACGGAUGUGUGGGUGCCAUAUCGUUCCUGCAAAACCAGGUUUCGCAGCUGCAAAUGCAACUAGCAGUAGCUCAGGCAGAGAUAUUAUGCAUCCAAAUGCAGCCAGAAUCAAACAGCAUAGCAACCCCAGUACAUCAGAACAACUAUGAGGCAGACGACAAGUCAUUCCUCUUCCACAAUAAUCUUUCCCAACCCCAGUACAUCAAUUUUCCAUCCUCAAGUGAUCAUCAUGUAAUUCAAGACUCUCUUAAAAGGGAGUCUUUCUUUGGACAUGACAUGGUUUCAUAACUAUGACAUUAUUAUAAUAUAUGGCAUCCAUGUUUUUGCCCUUUUUCUACAUAAUUCCAUUUUCAUAUCCUUAUUCUUUAUUAUUAGAAUUAUUUUCUCCAUGAAAAGAAAUUACUCCAGAAGCAUUGA